UCCAAAAUGGCGACCUCCAGAGCUGUGCUGCUGUUGUUAUUCCUGGGAAGUUGUGUGGGUGUGCGGCUGUUCCACAGAGGGCGGCCUCGGGGCGGGAUGGUGGGCGUGCCAGCAGUGAACUGGGAACAUGAACUGCCACCAGAUCAGUGGAUAGAACAGCAGCUGGAUCAUUUCAAUGACGCGGAUACCAGAACGUGGAAACAGAGAUACUUUGUCAACGCCACAUUCUACAAGCCUGGUGGUCCAGUAUUUGUCCAGAUUGGAGGUGAGGGGACGGCAGAUCCUAUUUGGAUGGUCACUGGACAGUGGAUUAAGAAUGCAGAGAUUUACAAUGCCAUCUGUUUUCAGGUGGAACACAGGUUCUAUGGGAAGAGCCACCCUACGCCUGAUAUGAGCGUGGACAACUUGCGAUACCUGAGUAGUGAGCAGGCGCUGGCAGAUCUGGCUCACUUCAGAGAGUACAUGGGAAGAAAGAUGAAUCUCACCAACGCUAAGUGGAUCACAUUUGGGGGGUCUUACCCAGGCUCGCUGUCUGCCUGGUUUCGUCUGAAAUAUCCUCACUUAGUGCAUGCUGCUGUGGCAACCAGUGCGCCAAUGUUUGCCCUGCUCAACUUCAAAGAUUAUCUGUCAGUGGUCCGUGAUGCCUUGGAUACCACAGCAACAGGAACUAUGUGUAACAAGCUGAUAGGUGUCGCUGUGGAUGCUGUGUCCCAGGCCAUCAAGACAGACCAAGGAAAGAAAAUGAUGAAGGAGAAAUUCAGACUUUGUGACAAUCUUGAUGGUGCCUCUCCUAAUGAUAUCGCCAACUUAUUCAGCACUUUGGCAGGAAACUUUGAGGGGGUGGUGCAGUAUAAUAAGGACAACAGGGCUUUUGAGGGAGCUGUGGGCACCAACAUCACCAUAGACACCCUGUGUGGACUGAUGGCCGCCCAGCGCGCUGACCCUCUGACUGGCUUCUCAAUGGUCAACUCUCUCAUACUGGACACAUACAAACAACCCUGCCUGGACUUCUCAUAUAAGAACAUGAUCAAAGAGUUACAGUUGACUGACUGGAAUAGCAGUGCGGCUGAGGGGGGGCGCCAGUGGACGUACCAGACUUGUACAGAGUUUGGCUGGUACCAGUCGUCAGAUCUCACAGACCAGCCCUUUGGUCACAUGUUUCCUGUCAGUUUCUCAGUUCAGCAGUGCAAGGAUAUAUUUGGUGACAAAUUCACUCAGGCUCUCAAUGUACAAGGUAUAAACAGGACCAACACUAACUACGGAGGAUACGGGAUCAAAGUGAGCCGUAUUCUCUUCCCCAAUGGUUCUAUAGACCCCUGGCAUGCUCUGGGGAUCACCAAGGAUCUCACACCUGAUGCCAGGGCCAUUUUUAUUAAAGGAACGGCUCACUGUGCCAACAUGUAUCCCGACUCUCCCUCUGAUUCCCCCCAGCUGGUGGCGGCCAGGAUGGCCAUUAGGAAACAGAUUGGACAGUGGCUGCAGAGGUGAGGAGCAGACACCUGCCCUUUCCAGGCCUUAUAAACAGAUUAGCUGUGUAUUAACACUACCCGCAGAUCUUGUAGCACCAACACCCAUAUUAACCACCAAAUCCACAAAUUUUAAUUAAAACCAGCACUACCAGAGCGGAUGAAUGUUAGUGCUAGGUAUCGCUUUGUUGGUGCUAAAUAAUU